GCGUGGUGGGUGGGCUGGGAGCGGCGAGCGCGCCGUCACUGCUGGAGCGCGGGCCCUGCCCACGGGUGGACCCUCACUGGUCAGCCCAGAGGAGAGAGGCGGAGCAAGCACGUCUCCUUCUGAUUGGGCAGCGCGGGCCGCGCCCUGGCAGGUAGAGACGAGCCGCGCCCUCCGCCGCGUUUGCACGCUGCAAAGCCUGGGACUCUGCGGCGCCCACUCCACUCCCGGGCUCUGCUGCUCCGCGUGCCAAAGCACGCCGGUCCGGUUAGAAACACGCGCCCCUGCUCAGAGUCCGACAUAAAGCGAGAAGCCAGGCGGGCUCCGUUCCUAGCCGGGCCCCGCGCCGAGGACACGCCAUCCCUGGGCAACGAGCUUGAGACGGCGUUUUGACGGCUGCGCUGGCCGCUCGUGCAGCUCCGACGCGCGCUUCUGGAAAGCCGCGGAAAGCGCAGGCCGGGGUCAGAGCCAUCGCUGGGCGGGCGCCCGGGCUGCGGCCCGGAAAGGCGUUGGCGCGCCUUCUGGUCCCCGGCGCCUCCCGUAGCGUCCCUAGUAACCGCGCCCCUAGUGACCGCGGGCCGCAGGCGGGGCGCGGCGAGGUCGGGCGGCGCCUGCUCUCCCGCCCCGGGCCGGCGCGGGCGCGGGCGCUCGGAGCGGGGCGAUGGCCUCCCCGCACCUGGCGGCCAAGCUGGCGGCCCGGCUGGCGGCGGCCAGCCUCCACCUGCCGGUGAACGCCCCCACCGGGGCCAGAGGCGCGCAGUACGAGCGCGAGGACCCCCUAGCGUCGGUGCUAGCGGCGACCCUGGAGGAGGAGCGGAGCAAAGGGCUGCGGUCGGCGCGGGCGUCGGCCGGCUACACCAACUUUCCCGGGGAGGACAGGAGUGUGGCGUUCGACAGUAGUCUGAACUUCUCUGACAUCUCCCACUCUGACGAAGAGUAUUACAGGAAGCUGAAAGAGCUGAAGGCUGUCCACAAGGAAUCCAUGGCUAAGUUAGAGAAGAUGUGCCAGGAGCAGCUAACGCUGAGAGACCUGCAGCCAGUGGUGGCCAGGGAAGACUCCUCUAGCGUCUCCUCUAGUUUUGCAUCGGAAAAGAACAGCCCAAUUCCUGUCAUGGUAGUGACAUCAUUUUCAGAGCCUGACCUAGGCCGGUCACCUUCUUUGUCUACUGCUUCUGAAGAGGAGCUGCCCAACCCAGAGAAGGACAGUCCCAGGGAGAGCAGAACGCUGGCCUAUGCCAAGGAGCUCAUCAACAACAUGUGGAAAGGGUUUUCUCUUGAAGAUUAUAUUCAGUAUGACUCUGACUCCGGAACAGCUAAGAAAGCCAGAAGGAAACCCAAAUCCUGGGUGCCCAAGGUUACGGUGCCUGUGCCCUUUCAAAUGACGGUUAGAGACCAGAAGAAGAGAGAGGAGGCCUUGAAAGCUAGAGUAGACCUGGAAAUGAGGCAGAAGCUGCUCAAGAGCGACGAGGAUGAGGCGGAGUGUAGGAAGAAAUUCCGAGCCAAUCCUGUUCCCUCCCACGUGCUCCUCCCGCUUUACCAGGACCUGGUCAGACAGAGUGACGAGCGGAGGAGGACCGCCAAGGAGAAGAGUAAGGCCGCCCUCCUGGCCUCCCAGAAGCCGUUUAAGUUCAUCGCGAGGGAGGAACAGAAGCAGGCCAUCCGUGAAAAGCUGCUGAGAGACCUUUUUAAGUCCAAAAGGAAAACAACGCGCUUUAAAGCCAGGCCUGUGCCUCAUUUUAUUUACAGGCCAGCUGCUAAUGGCAAGUCAAAGGACGAAGAGUUCUACAGGAACAUAAGGAGGCAGCUGAAGUCCCGAGAGCUGCAGCAGAAUCCGUCCUGGCCCUACCUGCCAGCUUACAGGCAACUCAGGAACCCCAGAAGUCAUGGAAGGCCAAAGCUGAGGCACAGGUUCCCGAGCCCUGAUGAUGGAGACUUCGCUGAGGAGCAGAAGGAGCCCUUCUCAGCACAGAGCGUUCCAAAAUGCUCAACCCUUGGUAAACAGUGCGGUCUUCGUGACUUCGCGCGCCACAUCUCUAAAAGACAGGUCUUGGCAGACAACAGAGCAGAUGAAGAAAAUCUGAAAGAAACACGUGGGCCUUAUCUGUCUUCAAGGUCUAAAUCACCAGUAAGAAGCGCGUGGGCAAAGCCCAGGCCUUCGCAGCGCAGCCCUCCGAUGCCCACUGUGUCUUCCCGGGGUCGGGAACAAGCCAUCAGGAAAUCACUUGAGGAAAAGAAAAUGUUGGAAGAAGAGAGAAAUCGGAUCCUAAGUAAACAGAAGCAAAGAACAAAAGAAUUGCAGAAACUCCUGGCGACCCGGGUUAAGGUUUAUGACUCUCACCACAGCUUAGCUCAGAUGCUCGAAUCCCGAGUAAACAAUCUCAGAAAGAGUGGAAAGGCAAGGAUGAAAGAAUACCGCCAGGAACUGGAGGAACGAGAUAAGAAGUUACAGAACAGGCCGAUGCUGUUUGAGAGAGUUGCCCAGAGAAAUGCAAGGAUGGCAGCAGAAAAGCAUUAUUCUAACACCCUAAAAGCACUAGGACUAUCUGAGGAGUUUGUUUCAGAGAAAGGCCAAAGUGGAAGAGUGUCUGGGAACGUCAGCAGGCGAGAGCUGAGAAGCUGCACGUCGGACAAAGAAAGCUCUUAUGAAGAAGAGAGAGAGAACGAGGAAGAAAACGAUUUUAUUGAUACCAACAGCCAGGAUUCUUGCCAGGAAAACAAGGAAGGUGUUGAAGAAAGCGGGGGCAGAGGUUCUGAAGAGUGAACUCAAAGCCAAGAUUUCCCCUCACUGCCGCUGGUGUAUGCACCCUCGGGGUCGAGACGCCCGCAUGUCGAUGCUAUGAGCGUCUGUAGGAACAGCUCUUACACUGCAGGGCUGCUGAGCCAAGACUUCAUGCCUGGAGGAGCUGAGUCCACAUGACGCUAGAUUACAGCUUUGCCUGCUGCAGUUUUGAAAUUGCUAUGUUUGCUGUUUGUGAUUAUGAUUAUAUUUGUAUUUUCAAAGUGUGUGAGGGCUGGAAAUCACAGCUGUCAAAAAUGGAUUAGUUAUGGAAAUGGACAUUUAUAUUUGGUAGGGGAAAAGUUUGAUAGUGAGAGAACUGUUCGCUUUUGAAGAUCUGUUUUUAAAUUUACUAGGUAUUUUCUAUUUUUUCUCUGAGCCAUUUUUUAAACUUUUUAUCUCCCUGUCCCCUCAUAUCUGACUUUCGCCCUUGCAGCCUUUCCCCCACCCCAAAUAAAACAUACACAAACCACAAAAAACCAAGCAUGGAAAAAUCUCAUUGUGGAGGCUGUAGCGUGCCACAGUGUGUCCCACAGUGUAGCCCUCUGUCCACACGUCCUCGCCUGCAGUGUUCGUUGCAGCGAGUCAUCGGUCUGGUUCAAGGCCUCUGGCUUCUGUGACACUGUCAGCCCUCCCCUGGACUCCUCCAGGUUACCCUGUUGUGUCACAAAGAGCCUGCAGUGUUGGAUCAGCAGGACCAACCCCUUCAGCUGUCCCAACCAUUUGCAAAUGAUACAGAUUGGGGUGGGCCGACUCGGAGCCCUCCGUGUGGGCCAGGGGCAGCUGAGCACCAGCUCCCCCACGCCCGUGACUCAGAGCCAGCCUCACACUGUGCCGCUCAGGCAAGGCCUGCCUUCCUGAGUGCUGCAGCCAGCAGGAGGGAGCUCUUCCGCUCGCAUGACUUCAGGGUCAGUUCUCCUUACUGUAUCUGAACCAUUUUAAAAUAAGUAAUUAUCCUGCAGAGACAAAUAGGUACUGCUAAAUUACUCAUAUCACGGGCACUCUUUCUUUUUUGCUGUUGAGAUUAAACUCAGGGUUCACACAUGCUUAACAGGAAUUCUGCAAUUGAGCUAUAUUCCCUAAUCCCUCAAAUUAUUUUUGAUAGAUAAAAUAUUAAAAAAAAAAAACCUAUGCUGCUCUUAAAUCCUGUGUGCAUAUAGAAUAAUUAUGGCAUUUGUGAGUGGUGAUCUUAGUUAAGAUAUAAAGAUUCCUUUUAUAUAUAUGCUUAAAUUGUGAUCUUAACUUGCAAAACAAAAAUCCUAAAGGUAAUUCAGACUUAUUUCUUUAUUUUUUCUUGUUUUUUUGAGACAGGGUUUCUCUGUGUAUCCCUUGCUGUCCUGCACUUGCUUUGUAGACCAGGCUGGCCUCUAACUCAGAGAUCCACCUGCCUCUGCUUCCAAGUCUGGUAUUAAAGAAGUACUCCGCCACUGGGCAAUUUUAUUCUUAAUUCUAUGUCUUCACAUUCUUUAAUCCCAUGUGUACAUCUGUGUGUAGGGAUAUGAAUGUGGACUCAGGUGCCUAUGGACACCGGAAGAGUGCUUCCCGUGGACUGGAGUUCCAAGUAGCUGUGAGCUAACUGAUGUUGUGUGUUGGAGACUGAACUUGCAAGAGCAGCGCAUGCUUCUAACCUCUGGGCCAGCUCUCCAGACCCAGCCAGAUGUUAUAAUUCAAAAAUAACCAAGACCAGGGCAUGCUCAUGUUUUGGUUGGUAACUAUACUUUUUCCUUAAAGAUUUUAUUUAUGUGUGGGUUCCUGCCUGCCUGUUUGUCAUGUUGUGGAUGGUAUGUGGUACGACGCUCUCAGAUGAUGGCGUCAGAUUUCCUGGAACUAGAGUUUCACAUGGUUGUGUACCUCUGCCAGGGUGUUUGGAAUUGAAUCUGAGUCCUCUGGCAGAGCAGCCAGUGUUCUUAAUGGCUGAGAUGUCUUUCGAAAUAUUUAUGUGCUCACUGAGAAAGGGAAAGAAAACCCUCUGUUUUCUCACUUUCCUUGCAGCUGGGUGGGCCUGUUAUACCAUAUUAGUCAGGAAGAAGUGGGUUUGGGGAAAUCCUUUGAAAGGAAGAGAGCAGCUUGGCCCUCCAGCCCUUUCUUUCUCCUUCCUUCCUUCUUCUUUUUUUUUUUUUUUAAUGAGAUACUUUUUUUUUUUUUUAAUUUAUUUAUUAGGCAUACAAUGUUCUGCCUGCAUGUUACACCUGUACUCCAGAAGAGGGCACCAGAUCUCAUUAUAGAUGGUUGUGAGCCACCAUGUGGUUGCUGGGAAUUGAACUCAGGACCUUUGGAAGAACAGCCAGUGCUCUUAACCUCUGAGCCGUCUCUCCAGCCCCUUUCCUUCCUUCUUAAGUCAUUGAGUUUUCAUUAAGCAGCAGAAUAGUGUUCUUAAUUCAAGAAAUGUAGCCACCUCCUCAUUUCACGUACUGUUUGAGGUGUCAUUUCUAAAUUCCCACUGCGUCUGCAAUGCUGAGCAUGUGCGGUGAGAGCGAUCAUUUACUGUUUGAAGAACGCUUACUUUUCCAAGAAGAAAAAUAUCUGCAUUAACCUUUAGGGAUGGAGCUACAAAAUAGGAUAGCAGCAUGAAAAACAGCACUGAAGCCUUGUUGAAUAUUUCCAUUCCCUUUGGAUUAUUAAUAAAGAGCAUGACCACCUCCUUUUGGGGAACUGUGACUCUUCCGGACGCCGUGGAAGGGAUGCCGUUGGCACUGGGGCUGGUUGGGAGGAAGACAUCCAGAGGAUAGGAAGCUAUCAGAAGGUAACGGGAUGUAGACAGUGCGUUACAUGUGUGCGCAGCCCGACAGAGAAAAGGAAGAGUGCGGUAGAGUUCUCCACAAAAACAAGCCAUCUCAUUGUGCUACAGGGUGGAAGAAACCACGGCGCCCAUUUGCCAUCCCUAAAAGCUGUGUUCCAAAAGCCAUGGCAAGAGAUGUGUGGCCAAGGAACGGAAGUGGCUCACGGGAAAAAGCAGGGCAGGAGGAAGCCUAACGAAACCUAAUGUCAGUACUCUGACACGAUGGCUCAGCUCUCUUGUAAUCCCAGCACUUAAGAGACUGAUGCAGGAGAGUUGCUGUGCGUUCAAGGCACCCUAGGCUAUAUACCGAGUUUCAGGCCAGUCUUGGUUAGUCUGUCUAUACCUGAUCCUAAGAAAGUUCAAGAUAAGACAGUUCAUUAAAGACACCGAUAUGGACACACUUA